UCAUUAACAAAAGACAAAAAAAUUUAAAUUUUCUUUUCUACUCAACACCCAACAAAUUAUUGGAAAAAGAAGUACACAAACUGCCGGCUGUUCAGAUAUAUUAAAAAUUCCUUAUAAAAAUCAAUUGAAUUCCAUUGGAUAUUAGACAAAAAGAGUCGAAAUGAUGCAAUGUGAAGAAAUAAAAGAUGAGGAGGGCCCCUCCAAUACAUUGGAACACUUUACCGAGCUGGAGCAAGUAUUGCAAAUGAUUGACUCAAUACAGGGGACAGAUGCACCUGGUUUUGAAAAGGAUUACGAACAAUAUACCGAGGUGCUGAGCAGAUAUCAAGAACAGCCCCAUUUACUGGAUAUUCAUUUGGAAUUGUUAUUGAAACGUUUGCUGGAUAAGAUUAGAGAUCCCAAUUUGAGUGAAAAUAUCAUGCACGCUGCUUUCAAGUAUCUUUACAUUAUUUGCAAAGUAAGAACUUAUAAAGUUUUGGUAAAUUUUUUGCCACACGAGUUGAGUGAUUUGGAAUUUGCCUUGGAAUUGUUAGAGAAACAAAAACCCAAGGAAUUUAAACAUUGGGAGACACGAUAUAUGUUACUGUUGUGGAUGUCUAUAUUAGUCUUAAAUCCUUUUCACUUGUCCCGUCUGGAUGCUUAUGCCACCAGUAGCGAUGGCACAGAAAACAGUGAUCAGCUAAUGAGCAAUAAUGUCCCAAGUAAAUCUAAAAUGGAACGCAUCUUUGAUUUGUGUAAAUUGUAUACCUUCACUAACGAUACUUGCAGCAAUAUUUCGGCCUAUCUGUCGGCCAAAUAUUUUGUAAGAGCGGAUAUAAAAGAUUUAUACUUGGAACGUUUCUUAGAUUGGAUUAUAUCACAACAUCAAGCUGAUACAGUGGAAGUAAAAUUUGGUCAGUUGGCAGCAGUGGCUGCUAUUUUAAAACAUGGUAAACGUGAUGAUUUAUUACCUUAUGCAGACAAGUUAUUGCAGUGGAUUGUUAGUUGCCAAUAUAAAGAUGGUUCGGAUUUUUUGAAAUACAAGUGUUACAUUAAAAUUAUACAACGUAUUGGUUUGAUUUACCUUAAACCACGUAUAGCCAGUUGGCGUUACAAACGAGGCACAAGAUCCUUGGCAAAAAAUUUAGCUCAAGAAAGUGACACCUCGCAGCAGGAAGAAAGACCCAUGGGCAAUAGCCAGCAAGCUUCGGAAGAAAUAACCUCUGACGAGGAAGUUGUAGUGCCAGAUGCCAUAGAAGAAGUUAUAGAAGAACUUUUACAAGGACUUAGAAGUGGUGGCAAUGAUGUGCGUUGGUCUGCAGCCAAGGGUAUUGGUCGUGUCACUAAUCGUUUAUCCAAAGAGUUGGCAGAUGAGGUCAUAGGUUCGGUCAUUGAUAUUUUAAAUCCUUUAGAGCCACAUGAAGCUUGGCAUGGAGCCUGUUUAGCUUUGGCAGAACUGGCUAAAAGAGGUCUUCUUUUACCUUAUCGUCUAAAAGAACUUGUGCCAUUGCUAUUGCAGGCUCUAUUCUACGAUGAAAUGAAGGGCUACAUGUCGGUGGGUCAACAUAUACGUGACUCAGCUUGUUACAUGUGUUGGGCUUUUGCCAGAGCCUAUAAUCCCGACGAUGUUUUGCCUUUUGUGCAUGAAAUAUCUGCUGGAUUGUUAACUGUAGCCACGUUUGACCGUGAAAUAAAUUGUCGACGUGCUGCAUCCGCUGCCUUCCAAGAAAGUGUAGGUCGUUUGGGCAAUUUUCCCUUUGGCAUUGAAAUUUCCACAACUACCGACUUUUACUCAGUGGGUCUAAGACAGAAUUCCUACUUAAAUAUUAGUGAUUUCAUAGCUCAGUUCGAAGAAUACCGUAAACCUCUAAUCGACCAUUUAGUCGAACGUAAGGUAAAUCAUUGGGAUCCCGCUAUUAGGGAACUUGCUGCCAAGGCUCUACAUAAAUUAACACGUCGUGCCCCAGAAUAUGUUUCGACCAUAGUUCUAGAUCAACUUUUUGCCAAGACCGACUCCAUUGAUAUUAACACACGUCAUGGCAGUGUUUUGGCCAUAGGUGAGAUCAUUCUGGCUCUUAGUCAAGUUAAAGAAGAAACUAAGGAAAAUUGGAUAUCGAAUCAAACGAUUAGUAAUACAAAUGAACUGGUAUUGAAAUUUAUACAACGUGACCAAUUUCGUGGUAUGAGUGGUGAAAUGAUGAAACAAUGUUGCACCGAUUUCAUACGCAACUGUAGUUUGGCCAAGGUGGAAACUACAACUCAGUGUUUAGAAUCCUGGCAGGAAAUCAUCGACAAGUGUUUAUUGAAUAAAACUUCUCCGAUUCGGGAAUCUGCCACUUUAGCUUUUGCUGAACUAUGCCUAGCUUACUACAACACACCCGAACGCAGUGUAGCCAAUGCAGAAAUUAUAAGCUUUUAUCUUAAAGGUGCCGAUGCAGAUUUAGAGGAACAUAUACGUAUGGGUUAUAUAAGUGCCCUGGGAGUAAUGCCACUUUUCAUGCUUGCGCCACAUUUAGAUUAUAUUUUGGAAAGUCUAGUAAAGCAUUCAUUAACACCUUUUCAGGCAUUAAUAGAAGGUGAAGGUUCAAAGGAAAAGGAUACUCAUAAUACACAAAAUUGGAGUGAAGCUCGUAGGGAUAGCGUUAAAGCUUUAAGUAAUUUGGUAAAAACAGUAGGAUACGAUAGGAACUCAAGAGCAUCCUUUGCGCACCCCAAAUAUUUCACAAAAAUAAUCGAUUGCUACUUAAAAGCAAUGGAUGAGUAUACAUUAGAUAAUCGUGGUGAUAUAGGAGCUUGGGUUAGAGAAGCUGCUAUGAAUGCCAUUUAUGAACUUAUGACGUGCUGUCCCAGGGAUAUUAUACAACCCGCACAUGUCCACGAAGUUAUGUUGGAUUUUAUGCAGCAAGCUGUGGAGAAAAUCGAUCGUACUAGAGGUUUAGCUGGGCGCUUAUUCUGUCAAUUAGUCCAUCUAGAGCCAAGACUACCAUACGUUUACCAUCAUGACCGUUUGCGAGAAAUAUUCCCAUCGGAUGUCAAUAGUGUAUUAUGGCUUUUUGCUGACCAUACAUUCCCACUAUUUUGUUCUCUCCUCGAGUUACCCGAAUAUUCGAAACGUAUUCUGUUGGGUCUAAGUGCUAGUAUUGGUCAGCUGACAGAAUCACUAAUCAAAUACUCUUCGGCGGCUUUGUUUCAGUUCCUGCGCAGCCACCCAGCAGAAGUGCCCCGACUGUGUAAAGAAAUUGUUUUAAAUUUUGAGGAAAACUUGCUAAACGAACGUGUUACAUAUCCCAUGUUGAAUUUUCUUGAUAUAAUUAUUGCCUCCGGCACAAUUAAUUCUGUCUUACUCAAUGAGUCGUCGACGUUUGCAGAUGAUAUUUACCGUUUAUUAAAUCUGGAAAUUAAAGGUCAUAAAAAACUCUACAAGUUGGUAUCCAGUAUUAAUGUUUUCUGUCAGCUGGUACAAGUUCCACGGUUAUGCAAGAAAAUUCUCUCAAAAUUAUCCAUAUUUUUGGGACUUACUCAUGUACACAUUCGGAAGACCACCGCUACGAAGUUAUAUGAAGCCUUGGCCUUGCACGGAGACGUCUGUGAUAUUUCCGAAGAUAAUAUGGAUGAAAUUUUAAAUUUACUUUCAGAAACAGACUGGGGUUUGCCAUUAGUUGAAAUAAGACCACUGCGUAAUCAAUUAUGUGAAUUGAUGGGUAUUAAACCGCCGAUGUCUGCCGCAUCCACAUCUGCUACUGCUGGCAGUAAUAAUAUUUAAAAAAGAACUCUUUCGAAUCUGCAAAGAAAUUUUUGAAAUACUCAAAAUUUAAUGCACAAUUUUGUUAUUAACAUUAGAAUUAACAAAUCUAUUAAUUAUAUUGGUUUUAAAAACUAAUUUUGCUUCUAAAAUAAUAAAUAUAUCAAACUAAUAUAUAUCAAA